UAAAAGCAUUCAUAAAAAUUAAAAAUACGAAUUUAGUGACUCACAAAAGAUUAUUGUUGGUAUCAUCGUGAAAUAUUCAUCAAUGGCUACAAAUAAGAAGGCUGGUCUAACAACCACUGAUUUUGAGGUAUUCGGAAAAGUUCAAGGUGUUUAUUUUCGGAAACAUACCCAGAAGAAAGCCAUCGAACUUGGCUUAAAAGGAUGGGUCAUGAAUACGGCUCAAGGGACUGUCAUUGGACAACUACAGGGUCAACUGGGUGCAAUUGAAGAUAUGAAAGUAUGGCUGCAGAAAGUAGGAAGCCCCAAGUCCAAAAUCGAAAAGGUUGCGUUUAGAAACGAGGGACCGAUAGCCAGUUGCGCGUUUAGGACCUUUGAGAUUCGACGAUAAAAUGUGAGCUGUAUUAUAUUCUGUU